AGCUCGCUGGGCAAUGAAUCAACUGAAUUGUGCGCCCAGAGACUAGCCGCCUCUACUGCCUGAACGCAGCAGAGGCGCGGUUAUGAUGCUCUGCUUCCCUGUCUACCUCAUCAUUCAUUCAAUGCAAGAAACUUUCACAGGAUCACGAGAUACUUUCAUAGAAUCUUGAGACACUUUCAUAGGAUCACUUACGGGUUCGUGUGUUAAUUUCAUGGGAUAAUUUCUCAGGAUUCUGUUUAUUUAAACUCUCACCCCAUAGCCAUUUAGAGGCUCUUUUUAGCUCUUUUGUAGUUUUACUUGUACAAGAUGGAGUACUUCCACUGUGCUCUAUACACGGUAUAGAGUUUUUAAUAACUCCAUGACACAUACGAAACCAAAGAUCACAUGACUGCGUGUCACGUGACUGCCGCUUUUUAAAACAGCCAGCUGGAGCACGCGCACAGUGAGACUAACAACAGAAGGUGAAAUCAUGAAAACACUGGUCAGCCCGGUUCUCUGCUGGCUGUGGGUCUCCUUGGUCUGCGGAGGGUUCCUGGAAUAUGACCAGAAUGUUUUGGUGCCGCAUGACUGGAGGGAUGUAGGUCGGGUCAGCCCUGAAGAAGAACUCAGACUGACCUUUGCCCUCAAGCAGCAGAAUGUUGCAGAUCUGGAAGACAUGCUCAUGAAGGUUUCAGACCCAGACUCUCCUGUCUAUGGCAAACAUAUGAGUUUGGAGGAGGUGUCUAGACUGGUACGUCCAUCUGCAGUCACACAGAAAGUGGUCUUGAGCUGGCUCCAUAGUCAUGGGAUAAGAGACUGUCACACUGUCCACACACAGGACUUUCUACAGUGCUCCAUGAGCGCAGAGUAAGCACUUUUUAAAGACUAAUAGA